AUGCCCGCCAGCCAAAUCGCAUCACCUCUUCCCAUCCCUCCCCAGAGGAGGAAUCUUCGUCUGAUGACAGGCCAAGAUCUCUAUACUAGCCUUAACGCGACUCUGGUUUCAACCACCCACCGUCCGGUGACGCCUGUCCACAUGAUCCAAGAGCAGGACUACAGCGUCCCGGCGCCUCCACCACCGAGUCCCGUCUCUUUUGCAGCGGAGCACUGGCAAUCCUCGAUCCGUCACUAG